CGGCUGCCAGACGGUGUUUUCAGUAGGCCGGAGUACUGCUUGAAAUUGGGUUCAAAGGUCAGGCCGGGUAGUUUCACAAUACGAUCAGCAUCCUUGCCUGAGGUGGCGUCCACAACUUCUACAGCUGCAGCUGCAGCUAGCAAAACAACGAGCAGAGCAUCGAUUUCGAGGAGUCUAAGCCUGCUGGCCAAGAGGGCCACGUCGGCUCUGGUCUCUCGACGUCGAGCUGGAGCUGGAGCUGGAGUUGGAGCUGGAGCUGGAGCUUCUCGUGAUCAACAAAUUCGGUGUCAAAGUUUCGGGUAA